AUGAUUGAUCCAUUAGGAAUUGGGAAAAUAAUCAAUGAUAAAUUUACUCAAAUUGGGGAAAAUGUUUUGGGGACAGUGAUUGAUCAAAUAGUGGGUAAUUCUAGUGCUCACUUGAGUAGCUUGAAUGAUUUUCAGUCACUUUUACGGAAAGUUGCUGGAUCAAAGUUUCUAAAUAAGCAGCCGAUAGUGGAAGUUGAACCAAAUAUAUACGCAGUGAAGGAUGAACAAUUAAAUAUCUUUAAGUCAGUCCAAAACUCCAAAAGUUUGGGAGUUCUCACUAUUUCUGUUGAGAGAGCAAUUAUCUCUCCUAUGGGUUUUAAUCGCAAUAUUCGAAAUUUUAUCAUAAGGGAAAAUGCGGAAUGGGUUUUUGAAUUAGCCCUACAGGGCCAAAUGCUUGUAAGCCGGCCAGUGAGUACUAAAGACUUUAUAUUGGAGAUCCCAGUCAAUAGCCCCGUUCUGCUCUCCCCUAACAAAAACUCUGUGAAUAGCACUUUAGUAUUUCUAGAUGACAAACAAGAAUCAAGGUCAAGCAUUGGAGUUGAUAGUAAGAACUCUAGCGCAGAAAGAGAAAAAGAUAGAGUAUCUGGAGUAGGUGCCAGAGAAGUGUUUUUCAAUUUUAAAGAAUCCUUUGAAGUCACCGAUAUUUUUUCUGAUAUGAAUUUGGAUCUGAUUUGCAGAGUCCCGAUUCAGUGCAAAGCUAUUGUUAACAACAAGUCAAUUGAAGAAAUUGUGGACGAAGAUUGUUACUUCUCUAAAAAUUCUGGAUCUUCCCUUGCUAACGAAUGUGAUGAGGAUAUUCUUCCUAUAUCAGAAGACAUUAAUGCCACCAUACCAGCCAAUCCAGAUUCUACUCCUAAUUUAGGUUCAAACCCACCAUCAAAUAACACGAGCCAUUCUGUUAGUUUUCGAAUUAAUCAAGAACAAAAUAACUCGUCAGGGAGUUCAUUUAAGCAGUAUAAGAUCAUUAGAAUUGAGAAGAUCAAGCCAAACUGCAAGGAAAUAUUGGAUAAAUUAGAUGGCGAAAAUCACACAGUUCAGGAAGUCGCUUCUCAAAACCAGGAAUGGGAAGUCCUUUAUGAAUGUAUUCACUUUGGAAAGGUAACUAUUCCUAUUUCCUGCGUUUUCAAUGACAAGCUUUCAAAACUGCCAAUUUUGGACUGUUCGUUUUACAAAAAAUCGUUGUAUAAAGCAAAUGAGAAUUUAGCUUAUAAAAUGUUAUGGAAAUCAAAGAAUCCAAGUAGCGUUCAAAACUAUGAGAAUAAUCUUUCGAAAAGUAAUACAAUGGAAGAGUGGACUGUAAUUCAUGGUAAAAAAGCAAACUCCAGUGAUUCACUGAUCAUUAAUAAACCGAAUAAUUCUGAUUUGGAAGAAGAUAGUCGAGUAUUUCCAAAAGAUACAGAUAUCGAAAGAGAUUCAACACUAAGAUCCAGAUUCAAAGGCGAGACUAGAAUUCAUGACGGAUUAAAUCAUUCUAGUAAUGAAAAGGAAACUAAAGAAAGCAACUUUAUGUUGGAACACCAAGAUGGAAUGUAUAAUGACAAUUUUCAAUUUGAAGUUAGGUCAGAUUCCAAGCAUUUAAGUUGGUACCAUUUAUACCCCAAAACUAGUGAAAUGGCUAAAUAUGUUAGGCCAGUACCAGGAAUUACAGAAUAUGGGCUUUCAAAUCCAAUAAAAACUUUAGGUUUUAUUCAGAUUGGGCUGAAUUUUGACACGGAGUGUUGUUCAAAAAUUAGCCUCUUAAUUAGCUCAUACUUGAAUAUGAUCACGAAAAAACCUAUAACCAGGUGGAUUCUUCCUGUGGGGUUUGAACCUCAGUAUUUUCAGAUGUAUGCUGAAAGCUUAAAAAUGUUGUUAGAGCAUUAUCCAAGAUGGGUGCCAAAAUUCUUCUUCUUAUUAAACUUUCGAAUUCCAAGAUCCAGAUUCGACAGAAUAAUGGUUUCUUUAUUUUGGGCCGUAGUUACGUUUGGAGCGCUCCAAAUUAACAGCUUUUUUUCUUUUUCGUGGAUUUUUAUGGUCAUUCUCCCACUAUUAAUCUCUUUAACAUAUAGGUUUGGGUCGCAGAUCGCCUCUAGAAUUCAUCUGGACUUUCUUACCAAAAUUAAUCUCAUAGAGCAAGAAAGAAAAGGCAUAGCAAGUACCUUUUCACAAAAAAGCAACGCUAAUAUCGAACAGAAAAAUAAUAAUAAUCAGAAUAGCAAGACGUUGAAUCUUAUAAAUUCUACUCCAGGAAAUAUUUGGAAGAUGCUACAGCCUAUACUAAAUAUAAAAUAUCAUUCUUCAUUAGCCACUGGUGAUGGAGACUUUAUUGAGGAGAAUAUCGAUAUAAGACCGUUUUCUUCUAGUAUAGGAAAGUCCGAAAAAGAUUCAUCUUUAAAAAUUAUUAACGGGGUUUCAGACAAGAAGGAUCUAUCAAAAAUCAUUCCAAAAGAGGUUUACUAUGGUGAUAAAAUAACCAGCAGAGAAUAUUGCACGCAAUAUGAUCUUUGUAAUGGGGAUGGUUAUAUAUGUUUGGCGAGAACAAUCAAUAACUCGUUAUUGGUGAACAAAGAGAAAGACAGGGAGGAAGAGUUAAGGAGGCUGAAUUUGUUAAGUAAUGACGGACCAGAUUUUCAACCACAACAGGAAAAACAAAGGUGGGAAAGAACCCAAGAAUUUAAAGAAGACUCAAGGCCAAAAAAGUUAGUUGAAGACAGGAAUAAGGACGAAGAAAGACCCCACCAAAACUUAAAGGAUAGCGGAGGCAUUGUAGAGACUCCAUUUGGAGAACUUAGGCUUGGCCUCAGAAUACCUUACGAUAAUAAGGUUGUCUCUAUUUUCUUUGAUGACCAAGAUCUGGAACCUAUUCAAACUCAGCUUUCUAAUUUGUUGGCUAUAGUAGAACUGGUUCAGCAGUCAUUUGCAAGUUUCUCUACAUUUCUGAUGAAACUUAAAAACUCCCUUAAUUUUGAAGACCCUCUAAUCCCUUUUUUAACUUUAUCGAUUCUCUUUGGCCUAACUAUUAUGCUGAAUUUGAGUCUUUAUCUAUUCGUCCUCAUCUCAAGGAGCCAGAAAAUGCUAUUCCUUUUGAGAGGACUUCUUCUGAUAAAAUUUAUCCACUGGAUACUAAUGAAGGAUCCUUUUAAUCAUGUUCAACUGGAAAUACUAAACAAUCAACAAAGAAUUGAUCCUAAUAUAUUUGGUCAAAAUCGUGUUAUUAGAUCUUUUCUAAAUAGAUAUUUCAAGCUAAUAAGCUCGGAAGAUCGCACCAUGCUUAUUCUUUUAAAUAGUAUAAAGAUACAUGAUUACUAUCCCGAUAGAUUUGUUCAUAUGAAAGAAAGCUUUAGCAAGCCAGACCAUUUGAUAGAAAAAAACAAAGAGAGAAGGCGUGGAACUGCUGGUCCAAUACGAAUUUUGUCCAUUAGUAUGGAAGAAUAUUUAUUUUUUUAUGCGGUAAAAUUUCUAUGCAUACAAAUACUCUUGUUAGGCUCUUUUUUCAAUGCUCUACAGUAUAUUUUUAUUAGUCGGUUUUCAUCCAUUUUCAGGAGGAUAUUUCUCUUUUGGUGGUAUUCUAUUCCAGAUAUCAGGGAGAUUCAACAUCGUUGUAUCGCAUCUACUCAGUUGAUAGGAAAUCUUGAUGAUUUACUCAACGACCAUGAAGAUAACCUAAUAAACUUUAAAGUUAUUAACGGAAAUAGUUAUGGAAUUGGAGGGAGUAAAAAAGUUGAGGAUAAUAGACUUGAGGCUUCUGGAAUUAAGGCAGAUCUUUUUUUGAAACAAUUUUAUUUCGGUAAGAAUUCAAAUUAUAUCAAAAAGAGUACUAUAACAAGUUCGAUGAACCAAGGAGGUCAGUUAGAUCAAGAAUCCUGUGGAUUAGAAUCAUCAGGAAAUCCGUCAAAUAACUGUAGAUGCCCCGAAGUGGAUAAAUCUUCUGCCACCUCUAGCAAGAAAAGUCUGAUUGAUUACAUACUCCCAAUCAAUAAGGAACAAAAUUUAGGUACAAAACAGGAGUCUAAUCCAAAAGGUGAGAAAAGCAGUACUCAAUCAAGUUAUGAAGUACUUGAAAGUUUUUUGGAAGGAAUCUACCCUAUCAAUAAGUCAAAAAAGCAGGAUUAA